CCCCGCAGCCGCGCUGAGCCAGAGUGAACUCGGAAGUGGAAGAAGUGAGCGUUGCGCGCCGCAAAGCCAAGGCACGGAGGAAAGGUUUACGGGUCUUUUCAAGAAAUCAGCUUCUUACUGCAAAACCCAGGGACCGUAGCAUCCUUUCAGAACAGGAGGAAACUGAUCCUCUGGCUUCUAUCUUGAGAGGAAGAGAGAGGUUGCUGGACCUUCCAGAAAAUCAACAGUUGCAGCAACAUUGCAAAAAUGGUUUCUGCAAAGCAGCUGGCUGACUUUGGCUACAAGACAUUUUCAGGCUCCAUGAUGCUCCUUACUCUAUAUGGUGGCUACCUCCUUAGUGUUGGUGUGUAUCAGGCAUUUCAGAGAAAUAAGCAACUGAAGGAGCAAGAGACAAAUGGUGUUGAUACCAAGCACUGAACACUUUCUCAACACCUCAUAGGAUGUGUAAUGAAAGACUGGUGUGCUUCUGUCAGAAACUUCUGUUCUGGGAUUUUCUGCCACACAGAAUGGGAAUUUGAAAAAGUAGGAACAUCUGUAUGAUUCUAUAGUUAUUAGAUUCUUCACAUGCAGUUUUUCUCCUUGUUCCUACAAUAGAAGCUGGUGAGGCAACUAUUAAAAAGUUUAUUUACAGAUAA